AUGCCUUUAAUCAAUAAACGUGAUAUCCUCAAUACUAUAAUUGAUGGAGUAAAGAAGGGGCUUGACGGCGGUACAACUAAUCAAGUUCCCUCAUCUUCUGUUCCAGAUUAUUCACAGCCUGGGAACAGUUAUUUUCGCGGCCAGCAACCGAAUAUGAGUUAUCCAGGUGGCUAUCCGAAUCAGAAUACUGGAUAUCCUGGCCAACAAGGAGGACAGUAUGGAGGUUACCCGGCUGGUGAUGGUUAUCCUAACCAACCUGGUGGUUACCCUAACCAACCCGGAGGUUAUCCAGGUCAACCAAUGGGAUUUCCUGGGCAGACAACGCCUUAUCCUAACCAACCCGGUAUGCCCUAUCCAAAUCAGACAGGUCAGCCCUACCCUGGACAACCGGGACAACCUAGCGGUUACCCAAGUCAGCCAGGACAACCUGGCGGUUACCCAAGUCAGCCAGGUGGAUACGGGAAUCAUUCCGGCGGAUAUCCAAGUGGGCCAGGUGGUUAUAAUCAGCCUGUUGGUUAUCCACCUUCAGCGCCUGGUCAGUAUGGCGGUCCUACUCAAGGUGGGUAUCAACCAGCUGGUGCUGGAACGCAUCAAGGUUAUGGAAACGUUGGACAAAUUUCAGGAAUGAUGAAUACUCCGUCUAUUCGCCCUCAUCCCGGCUUCAACGCUCAAGCUGACGCUGAAGCGCUUCGUAAAGCUAUGAAGGGUAUCGGAUGUGACAAGAAUAAGGUUAUUACAGUCCUAUGUGCACGUUCAAAUUCGCAGCGUCAGGAAAUCAGCACUGCUUUCAAAACGAUGUACGGUAAAGAUUUGAAAGGCGAGUUGCGCAGUGAAUUAUCUGGUGAUUUUGAAGAUCUUAUCCUGGGUCUUAUGGAACUACCGGCAAAUUUUGAUGCGCAACAUUUGAACAGGGCCAUGGCAGGUUUGGGUACUAACGAAUCAGUGCUGAUUGAAAUUAUGUGCUCACGAACAAAUGCUGAAAUCGGUGUUAUAAAAAGUGCGUACCGCGCACUAUACAAACAAGAUCUGGAACGUGAUAUCAUUGGUGAUACCAGCGGAUACUUCCAGCGUCUGAUGGUGUGCAUGUCAGCUGGCGGUCGAGAUGAAUCACAACGGACAGAUCAAAUAAAAGCUAAUCAGGAUGCUCAUGCUUUACACCGAGCUGGCGAACAACGGCUUGGCACUGAUGAAAGUUCUUUCAUUGCUAUUCUCGCUUCACAAAACUACGCCCAACUCCGACUCGUUUUCCAAGAGUACCAGAAGAUUACUGGCCACUCCAUAGAAAAAGCGAUUGAGGCUGAAUUUAGCGGAGACAUCAAGGAUGGACUUCUAGCAGUUGUUUCUUGCAUCCAGAAUCGUCCAGCUUACUUCGCAAAAUUAUUGUAUAACAGCAUGGCGGGGCUUGGAACCAGAGACAAAGAUCUUAUCCGUCUGGUAGUCACUCGUUCGGAGGUUGAUCUUGCCGACAUAAAACGGGAGUUUCAACGAUUGUACAAAAAAAGUUUAGUGGACAUGAUAAAAGGUGACUGCUCUGGUGCAUACAAGGAUGGACUUAUUGCCAUAGUGAACGGCAACUGA